AUGAAGAAAUAUGGCUCGAACCUUCCCAAGGAUCUUGCUAUUCUCUCUGAUCAGGACUUUCCAACCGAAGAUGGUGAUGAGAAUCCUGAGCGUGGAAACUGGACCAACAAGACAGAGUACAUGCUCUCUAUGAUAGGCUUUGCUGUUGGCCUGGGAAAUAUCUGGAGAUUUCCAUAUAUAGCCUUUAAAAAUGGAGGGGGUGCCUUUCUCAUUCCCUAUUUCCUGAUGUUGGUAUUUUGUGGAAUUCCCCUUUUCUUCCUGGAAAGCGCCAUUGGUCAGUUCUGCAGCCAAGGUCCAAUCAACGUGUGGAGAGCUGUGCCACUCCUGCAGGGUGUUGGCUUUUCCAUGGUUAUGUUGAACACAUUAGUGGCAAUUUAUUACAACAUCAUUGUGGCCUACUGCCUGUUCUACAUGUUCGCCUCCUUCCAGUUUCCUCUGCCCUGGUCCAAAUGCUACAGCUGGUCUGACAGACAAUGUAGCACCACACCUUUAGUGUAUUGCAAUGUCAGUGGUGUUUUGGUGGCCAACUGGACUCAUCAGGUAAACAGCACGUGUCCUUUAUCUAACACAAUCAAAGUUCCAGUGCAGAGCCCAAGUGAGCAGUACUGGAACCGUGUGGCUCUGCAGAGAUCCAGUGGUCUAGAUGAAACAGGACCAGUAGUCUGGCACUUGGCCCUCUGUCUGCUGCUGAGCUCCUCAAUUCUAACUGCAGCACUCAUUAAAGGCAUCAAGUCAUCUGGCAAAGUUGUGUAUUUCACAGCUACAUUUCCUUACGUGGUGAUUCUGAUCCUGCUGAUCAGAGGGGCGACACUAGAGGGAGCUAGAGAUGGAAUAGAGUACUUCAUCGGUUCCAAAUCCAAUUUGACUAAACUGACAGAAGGACAAGUUUGGAAGGAUGCAGCAACUCAGACUUUCUUCUCCCUGUCUAUUGCUACGAGUGGAGUUUUGACUCUUGCUUCCUACGGCAACUUUCACAACAACAUGUUCAUGGAUUCAGUUAUUGUUGCUGUCACUAACCAUGUUACCAGUGUGUUUGCUGGCUUUGCCAUCUUUUCCAUCUUGGGUCAUAUGGCUCAUGUCUACGGAAAACCUAUUGAAGAAGUGGUGAAGGAAGGAUUUGGUCUGGCCUUCAUUGUGUAUCCAGAUGCUUUAGCUAAGCUUCCCAUUUCCACCUUCUGGUCCAUCCUGUUCUUUUUUAUGCUCUUCAUUGUUGGCCUGGACUCCCAGUUUGCACAACUAGAGGUGAUCAUCACCUGUCUGUGUGAUGCCUUCCCUGAAGUCUUCAAACAAAAGAGAGCUUUAUUGACAAUAACAGCAGUUUCCAUCCUUUACCUGCUGGGUCUUCCGUGUGUCACAAGGGCAGGAAUAUACUGGGUGACUCUGAUGGACCAGUUUGUUAACAGCUGGGUGCUACUUCUUUUGGCCCUCAUCGAGGUCAUUGGCAUCUUCUACAUUUAUGGUGGGAACACUUUUAUUAAAGACAUUGAGAUGAUGAUUGGAAAAAAGAGCUUUUGCUUCUGGGUAUGGUGGAGAGCAUGUUGGUUCUUCAUCAGCCCCUGCAUCAUACUCGUGGUCCUGUUGUGGUCUCUUAUAACCUUCGUGCCCCCCACCUACGGAGGGAUUGAGUACCCAGCCUGGGGCAUGGCUCUGGGUUGGUGUAUGGUUGCUUUCAUCCUCAUAUGGAUCCCCUUGGUCGCUGUACAUAAGCUGAUGAGAGCAGAGGGAAGCCUCUGGCAGCGUGUGAAGAGCUUGUGUGUUCCUUCUGAGAAGUGGCAUCCCUAUCUGGAGAUCUAUCGAGGGGAACGCUACUCAGAACAAAACUGUUGCCAUAGAAGACCAGUGUCAACAAACAAUAAGCAAAUGUAA